AAUUGCAUUUACUCUUAUAUAUAAUAUAACAGCAAUUAUUGUGACGUCUUAGCUGAACCUGAGUAAUACACAAAUGUCUAAAGGAAACUCUCAGCUUAAAUACUUUACAUUAAUCCUUCAAAUCAUCUUUCUGCAAACAUCCAAUGCUUGGAAGAUCAAGUGUCCUGAUUCUGCUUGUAGCGAUAUCCGUAACAUAAGACACCCUUUUCAUUUAAACACCGAUCCAAAACAUUGUCAUUUUUCAGGAUUUGAAUUAGCUUGUGAAGGUAACCAAACAGUUAUAUGGUUAUCCUCCAAGAAGUUGCACGUUCAAAGCAUCGACUAUGAUAAUCAUAAAAUUCACCUGGUAGAUCCGACUUUACAAACACAAGGACAAGAUGAUCUAUGUUCUCUCAUACCUCCUAAGCUUACCUUUCACAAAUACAGUAGUUUCUUCAGGCUCUCGUACUAUUAUGCAUCAGAUCGUAGUGUAGCAGCGCCCAUUUUCAUGUUUAACUGUCCAUUUGCUGUUAAUGAUUCAACAUUUGUGGAAAUUAGUGGCUGCAAAUUAAGCAGAUACACUUAUUUAAAGAUUGGAGAGAUGGCAGUCUCUGAAGUGAGUGAUGGAUGCAGAGCAGAAUUUAUAGGCUUGACCUCAUGGCCUAAUAUUAACAACAUUUCCCUUUCUGAUAUUCAUCAAGCAAUUCUCUACGGAUUUGAGUUUCCUUAUUCUUCGUGGGGUUUAUUGGAUUUGAUUUCCGGUGAGGACUCAAGGCUUUAUCUACAUAUACUUUUAAUUCUCCAUUGAUUUCUCAUUCUAAAUUAUUUGCACUUUAAUCU